UUUUAUUGUUCCUUCUCCCGCGUCCUGAAAAGGUUUUUGUUGUUAAAAGGCAACUGAUAUGAAAGUAUUUAGCGUGAAAUAAUAUAGGUUUUGAAGUCAUUGCAUUGGAUUUUGUGCUUAUGUCGUUUUCUUUACUAAGAAAAGCUACGAACUGUCGUACAGCAGAACUAUUCUGCUGAUAGUUUGCUGUGGUUCGAUCGUAAAUAAAAAUGCUUUCUUUCUACAUAUAAACGCUCUUUUAAUAUACUAAAGUGAAUGUUAUAUUAAUAAAUGAUGCCCAACAUGAUCUUUGUACUUGUGGACAAGAGAAGCAUCAACAAUAACCACAACAUUUGGCGCCACGUCAAAGGGAUGAUUUUAUGGAGUCAACUCGAUCUCCGCUGAAAAUCAAGAAUGAAAACGCUCUUUCUUCAAACAUGACUAGCAUGUCAUUGGUAGACAAAGAAAAUACGCCACCCAGUCUGAACUCCACCAGAAUCCUGGCGUCCAAAACGGCGCGCAAAAUUUUUGACGAUUCAGAGGAACCGAUAAAAGCCAAGAAAGGGGAUGCGGUGGAGGAGCCUCUUCUUAAGGAUAACCCCCAUCGCUUUGUAAUUUUCCCAAUUCAGUACCAUGACAUCUGGCAGAUGUACAAGAAAGCAGAGGCCUCCUUCUGGACCGCUGAGGAGGUUGACCUGUCUAAAGACCUUCAGCACUGGGAUUCUCUGAAAGAUGAUGAAAGAUAUUUCAUCUCCCACGUUUUGGCUUUCUUUGCUGCAAGUGAUGGCAUUGUCAAUGAAAACUUGGUGGAGCGAUUCACUCAGGAAGUCCAAGUGACCGAAGCCCGUUGCUUCUACGGUUUCCAGAUUGCUAUGGAAAACAUCCACUCAGAAAUGUACAGUCUGUUGAUUGACACGUACAUCAAAGAUCCCAAAGAGAGGGAAUAUCUUUUCAAUGCGAUUGAGACUAUGCCAUGUGUAAAGAGGAAGGCUGACUGGGCGAUCAACUGGAUUGGAGAUAAAAACGCACAAUACGGGGAGAGAGUUGUGGCUUUUGCUGCUGUGGAAGGAAUUUUCUUCUCUGGGUCUUUUGCUGCUAUUUUCUGGCUUAAGAAGAGAGGACUCAUGCCUGGACUCACAUUUUCCAAUGAACUUAUUAGCAGAGAUGAGGGUCUUCAUUGUGACUUUGCUUGCCUCAUGUUCAAGCACUUGGUCAAUAAGCCAUCAGAAGAAACCGUAAAGAGAAUAAUCACAAAUGCAGUUGAAAUUGAACAGGAGUUUCUGACUUUGGCUCUGCCAGUGAAGCUGAUUGGCAUGAACUGUGACAUGAUGAAGCAGUACAUUGAAUUUGUGGCUGACCGACUAUUACUGGAGCUGGGAUUUGACAAGAUCUACAAAGUGGAGAACCCUUUUGACUUUAUGGAGAACAUUUCUUUGGAGGGCAAGACAAACUUCUUUGAGAAGCGAGUUGGAGAAUAUCAGAGAAUGGGAGUCAUGUCUGGAACUACAGAUAACACUUUCAGACUGGAUGCUGAUUUUUAAAACCUCAAUCUUGAGUGCCUAAAUAGACACUUCUAAAACCAUAAACUUGCACUUUUCAUCUUCAGAUAUAAUUCCGAUGAACGCCAACAACCUUUAUAUUACAGUUUACAAAUUAUUUUGUGUUUUUAGUGUACUUGAAUUGCUUUUUAUUUUUAAUAAACUAAAAAUUAGAA